AUGCUUCUCACAACCCUUUGGAAGGGUAAAUUAAAGUAAUACUUGGAAAAUGCAACCCCACCUGUGCACAGGGUCUAUUUUGUGUGCUGGUAGUACUUAAGUUUUUGAUGGUGUGGGUGCAAAAUAUUAAAACCAUUAUAUUCUCUCUCUCUCCCUCUCUCUAGUGAGGACCAGUUAGAAAAGAAGGGUUGUUUAUAGUUUGAAAACAAACUUGGUAGGCUUUCUUCUUGGCAUUGUUCUUCUGUUUUGUAUGGAUAUGAAAGGAUAUUAUUCAGUUUCUUGGACAAACAAAUAUAUGAAAGACUCAUUUUUUUCAUUUCAACUCACAAGAAGACAACACCAAUGCAAACAAGAAAAUCAUGUUGUCUCAGAACAAACAACUACUUCACUAAAUCAUUCCCUCAAAUUGUCUUCUUCUACUUCCCUAAAUACUCUAUCACCUAUUCUACAUCUUUUUGUUACUUUGCUUCUGUUUUUUACCUCAAUUAGUCCAAUUUUGUCACACCCCAUUGUCUCAAAUUCAACUUCAUCACAAGUACAAUCUCACUCCAAGGCUAACCAAACUUUUAGACCAGAUGUUGCAUUGCAUAAAUUGAAGAGAAUCAGAGCUCAUUUGAAGAAAAUCAACAAGCUUCCCGUCAAGACAAUUAAGAGUCCAGAUGGAGAUUUGAUAGAUUGUAUUAUAUCUCAUCAACAACCAGCUUUUGACCAUCCACUACUCAAAGGACAAAAACCAUUGGAUCCACCAGAAAGGCCAAAAGGGUACAACAAGAAUGGAGAAAAUGCAACAAAUAACUUUCAGCUUUGGAUUGAUUCUGGUGAAGAAUGUCCUAAAGGAACUGUUCCAAUCAGAAGAACAACAGAACAAGAUUUUCUUAGAGCAAGCUCCAUAAGAAGAUUUGGAAGAAAACCAAGAGGUGUACGGAGAGACUCAACAGGCAAUGGUCAUGAGCAUGCAGUUGUUUUUGUAAAUGGAGAACAAUACUAUGGAGCAAAAGCAAGCAUAAAUGUGUGGACACCAAGGGUAACUGAUCAAUAUGAAUUCAGCUUAUCACAAAUAUGGGUUAUUGCUGGAUCAUUUGGUAAUGAUCUUAAUACAUUAGAAGCUGGAUGGCAGGUAAGUCCUGAGUUAUAUGGUGAUAAUUAUCCAAGAUUCUUUACUUAUUGGACAACGGAUGCAUAUCAAGCAACUGGAUGUUACAAUUUACUAUGUUCUGGAUUUAUUCAAACAAACAAUAGAAUAGCAAUAGGGGCAGCAAUCUCCCCAAGAUCGUUCUAUAGUGGAAGACAAUUUGAUAUUGGCUUAAUGAUUUGGAAAGACCCAAAACAUGGACAUUGGUGGCUUGAAUUUGGAUCAGGGCUAUUAGUUGGAUAUUGGCCAGCAAACUUGUUUAGUCACUUGAGAAGUCAUGCAAGCAUGGUACAAUUUGGAGGUGAAAUUGUGAAUUCACGUUCAAGAGGCUACCACACUGGCACACAAAUGGGAAGUGGGCAUUUUUCAGGAGAAGGUUUUAGAAAAGCAGCUUAUUUUAGAAACUUACAAGUAGUUGAUUGGGACAAUAACUUGCUUCCUUUAUCAAAUAUUCACCAAUUGGCUGAUCAUUCAAAUUGCUAUGAUGUAAAAGAGGGAAGAAAUAAUGUUUGGGGAACUUAUUUUUAUUAUGGAGGUCCUGGAAGGAAUGUGAGAUGUCCAUGAACAAAAUUAUUGGUACUAAAAACUACAUUCUUCUCUUCUAUGUUAUAAAUAUAUAUUCUUUUUUACUCCCACUUUUUUUUUUCUUUUGGGAAUUUUUGGUAUUUUAUUACUAGCUUCAUAUGGUUUGGCUGUAUUUGUUAAUUUUGCCAUAAUUUUGUUUUUUUGCUAACAUGUUAGAGACAGUUUGUUAUUAAGGAUGAUGUGUAUCUAAGAAAAAACAUGUUCUUUGUUUCUUCCUCCUUCCUACUUACUAUGUACUUCUCAACUUGACUAUUGUUUUUUCUACGAUGAAUUUCAAACAUGUAUUAUAAACUUGAA